GGAUCUACACUCAGCACCACGGUUUGUCCUGGUGACGCAGUUGGUUGCUAGGUGUGAAUGAACUGAUGCUUUCUCACAAUUAAGCAGCGCCUCAGUUUACAGGUCGACCACAAAGCAACAGCUCGUCCUUUUGCGCUGUCCCGGAUAUUCCGAGCUCAAAUAUGGCUCUUUAAACUCGUGAAGUUGUUGGACCCGAAAAUAAAUCGUGCUUUGCUUUAGCAACGCACCCCAAAGUGCUACCUUGUUUCUGCCAGAAUGGAGUUUCAUUAUGCUCACCCAUCCCUGCUCUCUGUGGCCCAUCUGUCAAUCCCUGCUUGCUCCCAGCAUAUGCUUGGACUUGGACUGAAUCAAAGCACCAACAGACAAUAUGAUGGCAACAUCAGCUCCUGUUUGGAAGACUCUUCAUGUCUGCCCGGCAGACCCCCUCGCUCUCUCUCACCCACAGGCUAAUCACAGCCAAUCACAGGGGUGCAGGGGGGAGGUGUCAGAGGAGAGUCAGCAUUUAAUUGGUGAUGGUCUCACUGACUGGAUGACGGAAGAAGUGGAUUUCUCCUCGUACCUCCCGAACCCUCCUUCCCCUCCCUCCUCCACCAAUGCUUCCCUUCCCCCUUCACCCCUUCAGAAUGAUAUCCAGGUGCCCUCUGACUUGGAGGUCAUGACCUCUCUGCUGCAAGAGGAACUUGCCCAACUAGAGGAUUACUUUCUGUCUGAACCACUGCCAGAGAAAGGGCCCAGGCUGGGAAAAUGCGACAGGGGUCCACUGCCGGCGGGUCCUCAGCCAUUUAGUCAGCUUCCAUAUGCAUCAUAUUCUACAUCCAACCAAUCGGAAUCCAGUCCACUCCUUGUUACCUUGGCAACCGGAGAACUGGACCUGCUGAGUAUUUGUGGCGGUCCCAUUGGGCGAUCCAAAAUUCCAAGACACGCCCCGUACAGCUGUAGUCGCCCCACUGGGUGUGUUAGGAAAAGACUUCCUGAUGGUGUGAGGUUCAGUGAAGGCUAUGACAACGGUUUGUUGAGUUCCAAAGGAAGUAACUUAGGUAACUCAGCGGUGACCCUGUCAGGUAACUAUGACUGUGUAGAGGAAGAGCAGCUGGUAGAGAAAAGCUACUCUUUGGGUAGUGCAGUCGAGAUCAGAAGAUGUGGCGUUUUACCAAAAGACGAGAAAAAUUGCUGUUUCAGUCAAAAUGUCAUAGGUGCUGCAAAGGUUGUUGGUGGUGGAUUUGGCUUCGGUGCAUCACUUGAUGUCCCGCACAAGAAAGAGGAUCUGCUGAUGUAUAGCAUGAGGGAGGUCAGCGGAGGCAAUGGUAACAACGAAGUGCUGAAUAGUAUCAAAAGUAGUGCGGAGGUGACAAAAGCCACGGUUUCUUGGAAAACAGAGAGCAGUGAAGGUUUUUAUCUUCCAGCAACAUCACAGUCUGAAGCCUAUAGCUUUUUAGGCAACAUCAACGAACAGCUGAAAUCAGAGAGUCAACAUCAUUCCAACAGUCAGAUAGGGCAACAUGAUUUACACUGUAAUUUCCUGGAAGAUCAGGGCCCAGAAUGUCUUUUAAUGGCUAGGGAGGGUCUGAACUCGGAGUCUUCAGGGCACAGACAAGCAUGCAGGCUGAAAGAGCACUGUGCUAUGAAAUACGAAGAGGACCUCAUUCCGGGUGAAGGUGGCGAGCGCAAACAGAAGAAGAGAGACCAGAACAAAACUGCCGCACACAGGUAUCGGCAGCGAAAAAGGGCGGAGCUAGAUUCUUUGGAGGAACAGCUGCAUGGCCUUGAAGGGAGGAACCGGGAGCUCCGAGACAAGGCAGAGUCGGUAGAACGUGAAAUCCAGUACGUCAAAGACCUGCUGAUUGAAGUUUACAAGGCCCGCAGCCAAAGGCUGAAGCAGGACACCACAGCGUAACACCAAGCUCCUGCAAGUACCUUUUAACAAGGUGGAACAGGGGAAAUGUGGCGCUUUGUUGUGUCUUUAAGAUUCUCCAAAAUCGAAUUUAAUUAUUUUUAGUUUUUUUCAUAGUGGGCGGGGUAAAUGCAUGCUUUGCUAAUGUGAAUUAUUUUUUACAUUUUAAAAUCAACACUUUCCAAUGCUUCCAUUGCUUUCGCACUCUAAUAACUUGAGCCCGCACUGUGGCAUUGCAAUGCUUUAAAUGACAAUCAUUUUAAAUAGAUCUCACCCUGCGUGGAUCUACUAAUUGAAAUACGGUUAUCGCUGAAUAAGUAAUGUUAUUCAUUAUGCAGGUCAAAUAUUUUAACAGCCUUACAUUGGAAUUGAUGUCAGCAAUAGAACUACAUGUUGUUUUUCUAUUUUAAAGUUUAUUUACAAUUACUGUACCAUCCAUUUUGAUAGUCGUCAAAUACGUUUGUUGGCGUCAACAUGUGAAACGGCAUCAUUUCAUUUUGAACACAUCUUUCACACCACAUACUUUUCUAGAAUCAUUUCUUGCUUCCCUUGAACAGCAAAUGUUAUUUCAAUUGCUAUGAAUAUUUUAAAAUAUUAGAAUUGCGCUUGAAGAUGUAUUGACUUUUACAAUUGAAAGAAGAGCGGCUGAUGUACAGAAGAGCAAGACUUUCAACCUUAGCAAAAACAUCUCAAAACUGUAGUUAAAUUUGAUUCCAAUUUUUGGUGAAAAGCCGUUGAUUGACUGAGGCUUAAUGCAUAUAUAUAUAUCAUAUAUAGUUUAAGGGAUUUGGAUGUUUUGAGCAUGUAAUUCCUUUUUUCCUUUUUCUUUUACUUAACAUCAAACAUCUACAUUUCCCCUUACUUUGUUAGAAACAGUUUGUCUCUUACUUUUGCAUUAUUUUAAUUUAACCAAUCACCCAUUGAUUCCAGCAUAACAUCCAAACCAUUGAUUCUGUGACCAAAAGAGAACUAGUUUAUCAUUUAUACCGUUUUGAAAGUGGAAACUGACAAUGUGUUGUUUUUGUAACACUUUGUAAAAUGUUCUUCUAUUGCAUAUGGCAAAUUAUACAAUCUAUUUUGCAGCUCAGGAUAUGCAAUUUGUCCUCCUGUCCUACAAAGGCCAGGGAAUGAUUCACGGCAGGACACUUCUGUCCUUCAUUUUACAUGGUAAAGAUUCACUAUUGAGGUUUUUCUGAUGUAGAAAUAUAGUGGAGUUUUAGCAGCCUCCUUUUGCAUGUUUUUCCAUGAACAAAGUAGAAAAUGUGGGAUUUCAGAAAUAAGUGGCGGCAUCUUCCUCUGAAGUGCUGGUGAAGGCAAUACGUUUUAUAGGCCUCUGGCUGAUCUGCACUAAUUUGUAACAACCUUUGUAUGUUCAGGGAGUGACGUGUGUUAGCCUUUCCUUUGUAGAAAAUUAACUGAAAAAAUCGCAUUAGUUUAUUUGUUAAGGCUUUUGCAGUGUUUGUGUUGGCGUAAGAGGAGAAAUUAUUUUCCAAUUUGAGUUGCUGCUAAACAAGUAACACUGUUACUGUUAUACAUGCCCAUACUGAGGAUGGAUUUCUUUUCUAUGCAUAUUCAUUUAAAGACAAUCUUGGAUAUUAACGCUGACUUAUAAACAUUCCUUUGCAAUUUUUUAUUAAUUUUUUGGCAAGAAAUUCAUAUCACAUUAUUUGACCUUCCUGCGGUGUACUAUCAACUCCGAUGGUUUAAACCAAAAAUCUGUGACAGCAUAUUAUACCGCUUUGUGAUUUCAUGUUAAUGUUAUGCAUAUUUCCUUUGUGUGCCGUCAAGUUGUUUUUCCCUUUAAAAAAUAAAGUGUGACAUCAACUC